AUGGCAACUGACGGCAAGGAGGUUCUUCUGAUGGAGGCACCGCCUGAUUAUACUGCAUCCCCCCGACUCCCUGGGCUCCCUUGCAAGAAGCUCUUGAUUGUUGUGGUUGUGGUGGUAGUGAUUGUUUUAGUUGUUCUGGGCUUCCUUCUGAUGGGCCUGCAUAUAACAGAGAAGCACACUGAAACGGUCCUGCAAAUGACCAUUCAAGGUCUGGAUGGCGACAGUUCUCUGCAGCACCUUUCCAUGACCCGGAAAGAGAAGCUGGCAACAUUCCAUGUCCGUGUGGAUGGCAACACUUCUGCCACUGUGGUGUAUGACUACAGUAAUCUGCUGAUUGGGUACAGAUUCUGGCCAGGACAAUCCUGCUGCAUCACCAAGAUGAACAAGGAGAACAUUCAAAGCUUGGAUGCUAUCGUUAAAGCUUUCCAACAAGUUCAGUCCAAGCCUCUUACACCCCGUCACCAGCAGACUGAGGAGGAGGAAAAAGAGCUCCCUGUCGUCCUGACCGAUCGCUCUCUCCUGAGCACCACAGUUAACAUCCUCUGCAGCAGCGUUCCCAUCUACUGGGCUUAG